AUGACAGAGGGAACUCGCAGCACGGUGAAACAACAAAGUGCCAUUGAUGAAUGUAUGGCCAGAUUGCACCACCACGAGGAGCAGUUCGAUGCUCUGGGAAAUCUGUUACAGGAAAUGAACAGGAAAUUAACUAUGGUUGAAGCAAAAUUAGAUCAGAAUCACAAACAUAAGGGUAAGACAGAACACUCAUCUGGCGAAGGAAUUGCUAGUUUAUUUGGUACUAAUGCCUUUAAAUCGGUUAAACUCACCAUACCUCGUUUCAAUGGAGGUAACCCUGAACCUUGGAUCCAUAAGAUUCAACAAUUCUAUGGGUUCCAUAGCUUAUCCGAUACUGAAAAAUUUACAUUGACCUCAUUCCACAUGGAUGGGAAGGCAGAAGACUGGUACCAUUGGAUGGACCGAAAUGGCAGAUUACACACUUGGGCUCAAUUUUUGGACGCAUUGCGUUCCAGAUUUGGUCCUUCGCGAUAUAGAGAUUUGCGAGGUGAAUUGGGUCGCAUAACCCAAGGCUCAACAGUAGAUGAAUAUCAAACACACUUUGAACAGCUGGCCAAUCAGGUAAUUGGAAUUGAUGAUUUGAGCCUUCCAAGUUACUUUGAAUCUGGCCUCAAACCAGAAAUCCGCAAGGAGGUGCGUAUGCAUCUUCCUACAAGUUUGGAGCAAGCUAUUGAUUUAGCAAAAAUAGUGGAGGACAAAUUGAAUGAUAAAAGUCCCAGUAGAACCUAUUACAAUAAAACCCAAAUUAGCAGUACUCAACCUGGAUUAUUACCUACUCCAGCCAAACCUCUUGCUAUUGGUGCUGGACCACCCAAGUCUGCACUACCCAUGAGGAAGCUCAGCCAAGCCGAAAUGUUGGAGAAGAGGGAGAAAGGGUUGUGUUUCUAUUGUGAUGAGAAGUUUAAUAGAAGCCAUGUCUGUAAGGGGAAGUUGUUCAUCUUAGUGAUGCAGCCUGAAGACGAUGAUCAACAGCUCUUGGAGGAUACAGCUCCAAGUCCAGAAACGGUUACUGAGGAGAUAGUCAUUGCAGAUACUCUCACGCCUGAGAUCAGCUUGCAUGCUAUGGCAGGUCAGCAUUCCACUAGUACCCUGCGAGUCAAAGGCAGAAUAGGCAAUGCAUCAGUACAAAUUCUAGUUGAUGGUGGGUCAACCCACAAUUUUAUCCAAGACCGUUUGGUAAAAUUUUUGGGGUUAGAAACGGUACCUACACAGAAAUUCCAAGUUCUGGUGGGCAAUGGAGAAAAGAUGAACUGCUUGGGCAUGUGUCCCCAGGUAGCUUUGGAAAUGCAAGGUCAUGGAUUCUGUCCAGAUCUUUAUGUAUUACCCAUUCAAGGAGCAAAAGUGGUCUUAGGAGUGCAAUGGCUAUCUGAGUUGGGUGAUAUCACUCUGAAUUACAAACAGCUGGUGAUGAAAUUUGAGCGUGACGGGAAGCAAUUGGAGAUACAAGGAGAAUCUGCUACAAACAUGGAAGCCAUCCAAUUGAAUCAGUUCCGGAGACUCACGGCAUCUAAUUCCGUCGCGUGCCUUUAUCAAUUCCAUUCCAUUGUGCUUUCGGAUGAGCAACCCACAGUCAAUGGCCAGGUUCCUGAUGCCCAGGUGCUGCAAGUUCUGGCAGAGUUUGAGCAAAUAUUUGAGAAGCCAUCCACUUUACCUCCACAUCGCCAGCAAGACCAUCAGAUUCAUUUGCAGCCUGCAACAAAAGCCAUCAGUGUUAGGCCCUACAGAUAUCCACACUUUCAGAAAACUGAAAUGGAGAGAAUGGUGAAAGAGAUGUUAGAUUCAGGAGUGGUUCGACCCAGUAUCAGUCCCUUCUCCUCUCCUGCCUUACUAGUUAAAAAAAAGACGGUACAUGGCGAUUCUGUGUAG